GAUAGCGACUAUGACAGCGAUAGCACCGGUACAAUCGACAACGACCCGGAUGCGCGGUACUUUUUGGACGUCGAUGCUGAAUCUAGUACCGGACAUCUUGAUGCAGCUCCUAUUCUGCUCUCGAGUUUCGGGUCUGGUGCUGAAGUUGUUGAUCUCACCGACGGAUCGCAAUGCUUCAACGAGGGCGACUACCUCACGGACGAGUGCUUUCAGAGACUGGUCAGCAGUUGGCAACAACCUGCAUCGACAUCGGUUUCAAGAUCUAGUCGGGAGCUAGAAAGGCGCAUUAUCCCAGAAGCGUGUGUGGACGGUAUUCUCUACCGACCUGGUCAGUCAGUGGAACUUUACGAUGAGUCCUACUUGCACAUCAAGAACGUUCUUGAGGAUGACACUGGCUCUGUUUUCCUUCACGGGCGUCGAAUGAUACAAACGGCCUCCCACCCCAACACAUGUGUUCCUAAAUGGCAGAACGAGCUUGUAUGGAUGGUGAACGAGGUUAAAGAAGUUCCUUUGGAGAUUGUCAAACAGUUCGUUUCCAUUAUAUUCACUAAUUGGUGCAAGUUUGAAAGAGAACAGCAAUAUAUAUUGAAACUAUUCUGUCGUCUGAAAGAGACCAAAAAGGCCAACGCAACUUCUGUCCAGUACCUCUCAUUUGAAGAUGCAGACCCUAACCACCGCUUUCAUCCCAGGCUUCUCCGUCAGAAUUGGAGGGGUAAUACGACGUUGUUUGGAGAAGCAGAUAAUGCUGGAAACGAGGCCAUUGACCUUGACGACUCUCCGGUCAUCGAUCUGACGGACAGCAACCUCCGGCGGUACACCUUUGGUGAUGGCUUCUGCGGUGCUGGCGGUGUCUCUGCUGGAGCCAGCCAGGCCGGAUUCAACAUUAAAUGGGCCUUUGACAAAUCAUCUCAUGCUGCGACUACCUAUCGCCUCAACUUCCCGACGGCUAUGUGCGAGGAGAGUGAUAUCUUCAGCUUUUUGACCAACGAUGCAGACUUUGUCCGCGUCGACGUGAGCCAUGGCUCUCCCCCCUGUCAGACAUUCUCUCCUGCCCAUACUAUUGAGUGUGCAAAUGACGAUGCGAAUUCGGCUUGUAUCUUCUCAUGUUCUGAUUUAAUCAAGAAGGCCAAACCGCGAGUUCACACUAUGGAAGAGACCUGCGGGUUGUUCGAGAGGCAUAAGGAGGUCUUCUUCCGGGUGAUUCAAGACUUCAUAGAGCUGGGGUACUCGGUCCGCUAUGGUGUCCUGAACUGCAUGGAUUAUGGGGUUCCGCAGUCGCGCAGACGACUGAUCAUCAUCGCAUCCGGUCCAGGUGAAUCUCUGCCCCGGUUCCCCAAAGCAACGCAUGGUUUUCCGAUUACUGGUCUGAGAGAAUUCGAAACGAUCAAUUCCAUCAUAUCAAGGAUCCCACCCGGUGCCCUAGACCACGACGUCCAGACUGCGCUAGACCGCGGCCUGCGCAAUGGAGUCAGGCUCCCGUUCGAUCCCAAUCAACCUGCAAGAACUGUCACCUGUGGUGGAGGGGAUUUCAACUAUCAUCCCUCUGGCAGACGCGGCUUCACAAACCGGGAAUUCGCGUGUUUGCAGACAUUUCCCAUGCGAUACCGAUUCGGCCUACGAGAGAUAAGAAAGCAGAUCGGGAAUGCCGUACCUCCUAUUCUGGCCAAAGCUAUUUAUCAGGAGAUCUUGAAAUCACUAAGGAAGACGGAUCAGAAAGAG